CUGCAGAUGCCAAUUACCAUACUGAUCUGACCAGUUGCCAUACUGGCCACACUUUUUUGUACAGUACCGUUCGUUGUUUCAAUUGCUGUGCAUUCUUUGCAGCUUCUCUUUCCUUCGUGAGGCGUCAUUCAUUGUUUUUCAAGAGUCGCAGAAAUUUGCAGCAGGGGGUCUGUUAAUCUACUUUACUUGCUUGUUUCAGCUUGUCCACACUUUCGGAGGAUCUGUUGCCAAAUACCUUACAUUUCGUAGGACGAACUGAUUCUUCAUACCAAAUUUGACUCGAUUGGCCAUCUUGACGGUGAUUUCUUACGGCUUUCCGUACCCCUCGAUGAAGCAUUGCGGCUUGACUGCUUGAAGACACACCCGUCGUUGACGACUCGAAUCUCAAUCCAGCCGAGACCUGGUCUUCGAUAUUUCGUUUCGUCGCUUCGACAGCAUCCUUUCAGAAAAUUCAAUUGAUUAACAUCUUUUCACUCCUUCUCACUUGGCUCAUAAUGUGCCAAGAUAAAUAACGCAAACGAGGACGAACCCUUUACUAUUCGUCGCGUCGAUCGGCCUGCCCGGCGACCUGAAAAACGAAUGAACACGAUCACCACUGAGCAAGAUAAUAAUGGCUCUACCAAAACCGAAAUAUCCUCUGGAUGAUUCCUGUUCGAUACUAUACAACAACACACUAUACACAUACAACAGCGAAGCGUUUCAAUCGCUAUCGUUGGUUGAAGGAGCGGAAUGGACGCAAUUACCCCAAGGAGAAUCAGUGACGGGAGGAGUUUGUGUAAAGGCGACACCUGCGAACGGGCAGGAUGCAUUAUAUAUCGUCGGCGGAACGAGUAGUAAUGCUACAGAUCAAUACCCUGGUCUUCAGCGAUAUACUUUUGAAGAUGGGAAAUGGGAAACUAUAACUACUACAGUAUUAGUCGCUCAAAAUCGAUUAUGGCACAGUGCUAUCUACUUGAAUGCGUCGGACUCCAUUCUGGUGUAUGCAGGAAGUCAAGAUGGUGCUCAAGAUCUAUCGUCUCAGACUUUCACAAUAGCAGCGUCGCCUCCAUAUAAUGUUCUGUCAUUCGGGCCUGCUAAUGGUGCUGUUGCGCCACCUGCCGGCAUACAGCCUCUUUUACUUCCAUGGUCAUCGAGCUCUGCAAUCUAUAUUGGUGGCACUGUCACAAAUACUAACGUGAUGGUAUUCGAUCCAGCGACAUCCUGGGCAAACUCAAACAGCAGCUUGGCGUCCCCGAUAUACGAUACUUCGGCAGUCAAAGCAGUUGUCGUGACGGGUGACGAUGGAUGCAAGAAUCUUUACACCUUCGACAUGACUGUGGCACCAAAUGUUGUAAACAGAACUGUUUUAGUUGAUGGCAGCGGAAAUCCAGUGCAAAGUGCGGCAGCCAUUGUGUCAACAAGCACCGCGACGAAAACAGCUACUAAAAGAGCUAAGAGGAGUAGUCUUACAGAGGCUGAUUGGCCUGCUUAUAAUGGUACGCUGGCUCCGACAUCCACAAGGACGAAUUAUUCUGUCGCGAUGAGUGCAGAUGGGGAAGUAGUAAUAUCGGGUGGAAAUGAAGAUGAUGUUCUAUGCAUAUUCGAAGCGAAAGAAAAUGCCUGGGUUGAUGCCGCAUCAAUGUUGGUGAAACCUCCCACACAACAAAUCAUCGUGCCGUCAACAUUAUCGUCGAGUACAACUUCUUCUGUAGCUACAAGUACAGGUACAAGUACAGGUAACUCUACUGCCAUUUCAGGUGAAUCAACCGAUAAUGAUAGCGACGCGUUUCCAUUGAAGGCAUUGGCUGCAUUGUUGGGCUCUAUACUGGGAAUUGCUUUCCUGCUCGUUUGUGCGUUGAUUCUCCUCCGAUGGCAAAAGAAAAAGAGGAAUCUAAAAAAUGCACAUGCAAAUGGAUAUCCCCUUGAAAAAGAUGGGUUAGAGUUUUCGGAUAGAGCUCCACCUGAUAUGCACUCGUCAAUGCCACCGCCGCGGCAUGGACAGUCGGCAUCCCAGGGCUCAUAUUCAUCCAUGGCUAUAUUAAUGGGCCGCGUGGGGCAUCGAAGAGGAGAUUAUAAAGGCAAUGGGAGUGCGGGAAGUGGCACGAGCAGUCAAUUUGACAAGAACUACGAAGCUGCGAUAAAUCAUACUACACCACCGGACCAGUCUUUCGCUCAAAAUGCAUUGGCAAAAGAGGUUUCAUUCGGUCAAGAAACAGUUACGCCACGACCCCGUAAUCCUGGGACGCAGAGACGAGGCAGUACAAGGAGGUCGUCAGGCUGGAACCGAUAUUGGUCUGGUGGAAGUGCAAUGACAAGUUUCCUGGGAUUUGGCGAGUCAAAACGGAAUACGUCCAAUGGUGAUGAAGACGCCACUUCACAGUACUCCGAUCCAAGGCUACCAACUCAGGUUAAUACUCAAAGACGUCCAAGCCAAAUUACUACAGCAUCCUCGCUAGUGCCUCCAUUAAAAAUUCCCAUUCCAGGAGAUACUCCACUAUACCGAGUAGCAACUAAUAGUCCUACUGUAUCUACUGCUGGAUCUCAUUUUCCCAUGGCAGCAGAAAUGUCUGGCAAGAUUGAAGGCCUUCGGCCGGACUCUUACCUCAGCAACACUUCAUCUUAUGGUGAUAAAUCUGAUGCAUACUCGAGCGGGGUUCCAGAAAGUGUAAAUGAUCCAGAAUCAUGGGCCAUGGGGCAUCAAGAUCCAUCUCGGAACAGGCCAAGCAAUGCCUACACUGUGAGCGUGUAUACGACAAACAGAGAUACCUCGGGAGGCGAUAACUUUUCACUUCAAGUACCUCAACCACCACCACCUGUUCAGCAACAAAGCUCAUCCUCAAUCCCUUCAGACAUGAGCUGGCUGAACCUUGGUACCAAAACUCGAAUAUGAUACCCCACUUUUCUGUACUUGUAAUAUCGCAUUCCCAACUGUCACCAUAUGUUCUUAUUUUUCCUUCAUUGAUAUUAGCGUCACUGCAUUUUCAUGUCUUGUCUACAAUAUCCUGUAUUGUUACAUAUGCUAGGUUUUUUCCUUGCGCGGCGUGGAAAUGGGUCAUUCUUCAUAUAAAACCCGACAUUUUGGCCCGCGCGUCUGGCGUUUUUCCUUUCUACAUUUUUCUGGACUUGCUUCCACAAAAUUACCUCUCAUGUUCUCCUUACUCGAAUUCAACCCACUUUUGUUUUUUGAUAACAAUACUGCUACUACUUUUUCUUGUUGGCGAAAACUAAUGUCAUAGUAUGGCAUUGUACUGUACUGUACUAGACCUUGAUCUUGCAUGAUCGGAGUUAUAACUCUUUUCUUUGAAUAGUUUGGGGGUGAUGGGUAGGUGUACCUUACCAUGCAUAGUGGAUAUCUUCGAAGAGGAGGCGUGGUAGAUAUUGCAUUAUGGUAUGGGCAUGUAUUGGGUUGGAUAUAAUGCUUAAAUUUUAAGGAGAGCUGAUGUGUUGUUGAGAGGCGAACGAGAGGGCAGAAAGUGGCGAUGUACAGCUAAAUCUGAUAGUGUAUUGCAAUACCUGUCAUGUAAGAUAUCGUGGUUGUGUAUGGUGAUGAAAAAUUCUAGUAGUUGUAGUGGCGAUAGUGGCGAUGGUGGUGAUGAAUGA